GUUGCUUCCGGCGGUUGGUUAGCUUGACGUUGGCAGGAGGCUGCUGCUGAAUUCAGGGAACAAACAUGGACAGUCAAGGGAGAAAAAUCGUUGUUUGUGACAAUGGAACCGGGUUUGUCAAGUGCGGCUUUGCAGGCUCCAACUUCCCCGAACACAUUUUCCCAGCGCUGGUUGGCCGGCCAAUCAUCCGCUCCACAGCUAAAGUUGGCAACAUUGAAAUAAAGGACCUGAUGGUGGGCGAUGAAGCCAGCGAGCUGCGCUCCAUGUUGGAGGUGAACUAUCCCAUGGAUAACGGCAUCGUCAGGAACUGGGACGACAUGAAGCAUCUGUGGGACUACACCUUCGGCCCCGAGAAACUCAACAUAAACUCCCGCGACUGCAAGAUCCUUCUGACCGAGCCGCCCAUGAACCCCACCAAGAACAGAGAAAAGAUUAUAGAGGUGAUGUUUGAAACGUACCAGUUUGAAGGAGUUUACAUCGCCAUCCAGGCUGUCCUCACUCUCUACGCUCAAGGGCUGCUGACUGGAGUGGUGGUGGACUCUGGUGACGGUGUGACUCACAUCUGUCCGGUGUACGAGGGCUUCUCGCUGCCUCACCUGACCCGACGUCUGGACAUCGCAGGAAGGGACAUAACACGCUACCUCAUCAAGCUGCUGCUGCUGCGAGGUUACGCCUUCAACCACUCUGCAGACUUUGAGACGGUGAGGAUGAUGAAGGAGAAGCUGUGCUACGUGGGUUAUAACAUCGAGCAGGAGCAGAAGCUGGCGCUGGAGACCACCGUGCUGGUGGAGUCGUACACGCUCCCGGACGGCAGGUUGAUCAAAGUGGGAGGGGAGAGGUUCGAAGCCCCCGAGGCUCUGUUUCAGCCUCACCUCAUCAACGUGGAGGGGGUGGGGGUGGCCGAGCUGCUCUUCAACACCAUCCAGGCCGCAGACAUCGACACCAGGUCUGAGUUCUACAAGCACAUCGUCCUGUCCGGAGGCUCCACCAUGUACCCCGGCCUGCCGUCCCGCCUGGAGCGCGAGAUGAAGCAGCUGUACCUGGAGAGAGUGCUGAAGGGAGACGUGGACAAGCUAUCUAAAUUCAAGAUCCGGAUAGAGGACCCCCCCCGGCGUAAACACAUGGUGUUCCUGGGCGGCGCCGUGCUGGCCGACAUCAUGAAGGACAAGGACAACUUCUGGAUGACCAGGGAGGAGUAUCAGGAGAAAGGGACGCGCGUGCUGGAGAAGCUCGGAGUCACCGUCAGAUAAAACACAAAACAAACAGAAACACUUCCCCUCCCUCCAUCUACACCUCUCAGCUGAUAUCCACGCAUCGCUCACCUCGGGGUGUCGUCGAUUCACGCUCAUUUUUAUAAAGCAAGGAGGGAGGAAGAGGAUGAAGGAUACGGGGUAAGAAGUCUCAUGGUGAAGGAGGUGUUAACAGAGCUCUUGAAUAUAUGCCCUCCAAAAAAAAGAAAUACUGACAAAUGUGUUUGAAGAUGCACAAGAUGGCGCCAUUUAGUCCUCCAUUUAGUUCCAGAGUUUAGGUAACAUUUGCUUCCUUGGCAAACCUUUCAUCAUGGCUGCACCAUUUCAAUAUUGUCUGGUUUUGCAAUUGCGACAUGAUUCCCGAUAUUAAAGGGAUCAUCUUUCUGUAAAAUACUGGAUAUUGGAUUUGACUUCUUUGUACAAGAGUUUAUUCAGAACAUUUCAUAAUGUUGCACUUCGGCUUGUAUUCAAUUUAAUACAUGUACAUGCAGCCUAUACUCUCAUAUCUUUCAUUUCAACAUGAAACUGAUGCUAGAACGCUGUUAGCUUAGCUUAGCAUAAAGACUGGAAGCAGUCUUUUAUAAAGUAACAAAACCUGGCAACCAGCACAGGGCACACGCUUUAGUUGUCACUGAAGGCAAGGAUGGGUUUUGUAAACAUUUUAACAAAAAACUUUAAAAAGGCCAUUCACCAUGAAUAGACAAGAAAAGAGAGGAAUUGAAAAUACUGAUAUGAGGCACCUCCAGUAUUUAGUUAACCUAAUUCAAGUAGUUCAAAAGAGAUAUAAGGACAUGCUAAUCAAUGAGCUUUAGAGGUGCUUGUAGAUGGGUUUUGUGUCCUAUGCUAAGCUAACUAGCUGCUGUCUAAGCUUUAUUCUGAACUGACAUGAAAGUCUUGCCAAGUAAGCAAAUAAGCGCUUUUUCAAAUAUGUCAAACAAAAACAAAAAACGGUUAUUACGGCAUUAAGAUGCAGGCUGUUCACUUUGAUGAAGUGGGGGAUAUUCUCAUUUUUCUUUUUAUAGCAGCUUAUGUGCGAGUAUUUUUGUUUCUAGUGCCUUUCACAGGAGGCCAGAAAAAGCUCCUGGCUGUUUUCAAGUUGAAGGCGACGAUGAUUAUUGUUAUUAUUACGAGUGAUGUGUUUCCUUUCCAAAACGAGACCCCCCGCCUUGCUAAAAAUGUGCUGCCUAAUCUGUCAAAACAGAUGUCGGCUUAAAAAAUAAUGCUCACAGUGUGGAGCAUUACAGAGAUUAGAUAUAAGAACAAAUAGACCAUUACAUGCCGAGUGUUUUUACACACUGAUUAUUAAAUAACACCCCCACCCCCCCCUCUCAUUUCCUGUUUGGCAGUGAGUCACUGUAAGGUGCAGUUUCACUCAGCACCUCGCUUGUCUCGAUUGCUUGCUUCUUGAGCGCGGGAGUCCAUGUGUUUCUCAAGAUUGAACUAUGAAGAUUUGAAAGGAAUAGUUGGGAAACAUCUUAAGAAAGCUGGAUGUUUCUCAGUCUUCUAGUUUUCUUUCCUUCUUCCUGAAUCACGUGUGUUGAAAAGGAUGGUGAUUUAAAAGAGUGUAGGAUUUGGAAACAGUCCAGUUGAAGCUCUUAAUGGGUUGGAUGUGUCUCUGUUUACCAACAAAUCAACCUUUCUAGAUCACAGAGGAUUUGUAUGAGAAGGGUUUUCAUUCGUUGUCGAUAACAAAGCCUCAAGUCAUUCUUUAGUCUUCAUGCAGGACGGUUAAUCUACAUAAUUUCUCUUAACAAUAACGCACCAUGCUUUCAAAACCACUGAGGCUCUAUUCCCUUUUUCUUUUUUUUUUAACAUGCAUUUCUUUUCUCUUGAUGUUCUUUAUCAUUGCUGUGCUUUUUGUCUCUGAGGACACCAGGGUUUCUCUGACAGACUGUCAUACGUCUGACUGUUGACCGGUUUCAUUCCCCAUGUUCACUGUGGUCACAUUGAAGCUUUCUGCCCUCAACAGCUGAACACAGCUCAGCCAUCUCUAUCGGACUAUCAUUUUAAACAUGAACAAACUGAUUGGCUGGUUCUGGGUCAGAUGUUGAGGGGGAAUAAAUAAAAUAUAUUGUGAAUUAAGAAGGAAAUGUCCAACAGGAAGUAAUUCCCUGUCUUGGUCUUGAAGGAGGAAAGGAGGUGUGGCCUAUUGAAUCGUACAGAGCUAAUUGAGGAUGUUGGCAUCAUAGAAAUGAACAAUCUCAUUGGUUGAAAACAGAUCUGGUGUUGAAGUAAAAAUAAAAAGUGACAGGAUGGCUAAUACUCUUAACUUAAGCGCCCUGCCAUGUUAUAUUACCUUCGUGCAAACCUCUUAACCAUCUUACAGUAUGAAUUACAUUUACAUCAUAAUUUCACUAGUUAUCUAAGUAGUUGCUGUAGAGAAACAUAUGGUUUGUUCUGGAUGCCAAAGCUUCAAGGUUUUCUUCGGACAGAAAUCAUCAAAUAACUAAAAAAACAAUUGUAAUAACCCUUAUUUUGACAGGUUUUCAAAACAAAAUGACUAUCACAUGGUUCAUUUGGGAUUAAUUCACUUCCCAACAAUCAUAAAAGAUAAUAUGACUACCAUUUUAUGAUAGGUUGGAGAGGACAAACAUUUCUUGUUCCCCAAAUAUCUUUUACAAUAAUGAACAUUUUAUUGAGAUAAAAGAUUAUAUUACAGCUUGCUGAAAAAUCAUCUCGUUCGAUUGUGGUACUACAUUACCCAGAAGCCUCAGCGUAGUUGCAAUUGGACCCGAUAAUGUUCAACCAAUGAGAUCAUUGUAGUGUUUGUGCAUCUCAAUCACUGAACCUGCACUAUUUAGAAAACUUAAGAGUAAAAUCAGUCUCUCUUUUUGAUUUUGCAUUCCUCUGAUUAAACCUUAGUUUUCUUUUCGAUCGUGACCACACCUCCCCCUCCUUCUCGACUGAACUGAAGAUUAAUUUGUGGGUUUGGGGUUACAGGCGAAGGUGAUUUUUGUGGGUUAUUGAUAUAUUAUUUUGUAAUAUUAAUAAGAAUCUGGUGUCAGGCAAAAGGGAAAACCACGUAAAAGCUGGUAUUUGUGGUUUUCCUUCUCGGUUCUUAUGUGUAUAUUGGAGGCACUUGCAUAUAUAAAUAUCAAUGUAUAAUUUUCCUCUUGUCGAACACGGUCAUCGAGUGCCAACUACAGUUAUUCUUGUCGGAUAUUAUUUUUGGUCGUCCUUUUUAUGUUUUGUUUAUAACAUAACUGCCAACCGCUGAUUUAAAUAAAGCAAAGUGAUUUAUAGAC